CAUACACGUCUGCCAUAUAUCGUCCAUUCGGCAAAGAACCUUCAACAACGACUCCUCAUUCGUCGACGAAAACAGCAAAUAAGAUGAAGCCUUUCAGUGUGAUGUUGGAUAUAUAUCCGAUGAUGGAGGAAUCUGUUCUUCAGACAUCGUCCGGGCCAUACAAGUUGCAGCCUAGACCGAUGACGAGACCUGACCACGGUUUGGGGCACCACGUUCGGUUUUCGCAAGGAGUUAAUCAGGAGAGGUUUCCUGAGCAGCUGACAGACAGCGAAUCGAAACACCAGAUGGUAGUUCAUCUCAAUCUCUACCCUAAGACGAAGAAAAACCACAAGUUCGGUAACAGAAACGCUGACGUACGUGGUUUUCACGUGGACGCCGAGAGCAACACGCACUGCUGUGGUAGUGAUGACGCGGAUAAUCUCCGAAGAAGUAAGUUCUCCUGAUUCAUAAAUUUCU